AUGCAAAUCACCCAGGGUAAAGGGCGGUUUUAUGUAGGCACACUGCAUGAUGAGCAACUCCCUGCGACUACCACAGACAGCCUUGCAUUAGCCAACAGCAAACCAGCCAAGAGCUCAUGCAGCCAAUGUAAAACAGCAGUCAAUGGGGCCAAAUGGUGCGAACAGGCAUACACGGCGAUCAAAUGCACAGGCAAGCGCCCAAUUCGCCACGAAGGAGGCGCAGGCAUGACUCCCUUCGGGAGAAACUUUGAUUCGGAGGUGGUUUCCGCAUUGGUUGGCGGCGACAACAAUGACUGUGUCCACCGUGCCGAGUGCACGUUCCUUUCCAAACCCAUUCAGUCUCCUUGCAAUCCCAAGUCGUUAUCCAUAACAGUACUAUUUCAACUGACAAUGUGCCCUGAAUUCCUCCACUUUGAGCUUGAUCCUAUUCAGGGAUCCGUCGUAGAUGGGGGCGAAGUGAGAACGAUUAGAUAG